GUCGCUUUAAGCACACACCCACGUCUGUUCAUGGCUUCACCUUCACCACCUCCAACAAUCCCCAAUCGCUUCCCCAUAAAAUCUCAGCUCAGCCCACGAUUCAAUCACAGAGGUGUUUGCCGCGCCGAGAAUGCUGGCCACGUGUUUGUAAAAAGUCCGGCGAGAAGAAGGCAAAGGAAACGAAAAAAAUGAGGCUGUACGUUUGCUUGCUGGAGGGGAGAGACCUAACGGCGAAGGAUUUUUGUUACGUGAAGCUGCAGGUCGGAAAGUGUAAGUCGAGGAGCAAGGUUUUGAGGAGCGGGGAGAAGUUGAUUUGGAACGAGGAGUUCUUCUUCAGGGUGCACGAUUUGGAGGACGAGCUCGUUGUGUCCGUGUGCAGGCACGACGGCGAUCGCGAGCAGCACGGGCUUUUCGGUGCCUCCUCCGGGGACUGCGUGGGUCUGGUUAGAGUUCCGAUUUGGUCCGUUGUGGCGGAGGAGAAUCAUAAUCUGCCCCCGACUUGGUUUUCAGUUGAGAGGCCUAAGAGUGCGAAAUCAAUCAACAGGGACUGUGCUAUAGAUAGAUUGGAUAUUGAAAUACGUACUAUGGGUGUUCUUAAUUGGAAGUGUAUGGAGUUCACUAAUAUGAACUCCAACUGCCUUGUGUACAGCUUAGCUAUAGAAUUCAAAACAGGGAAACUUCUUCUUGCUCUAUCCCUGCAUGGAAAAGAUUACACUUCAGCUGAAGCCAGUCAUUCGCUGUAUUCAGAAGGUAAAGUCGGUCCAUCUCAUGAUACCCAAGCUCAUGCACCCGAUUCUACAUCCAAAAAGUCACUUGAUGGGAAACAUUUGAUGAAGGCACUCGCUGGACGUUUGGAAAAAUUCCUAAACAAAAAGGAUGAAACAUCCCGUAAUGAAAGUCCAUCAGAGUUAUCUACUCCAUCUGAUUAUGAAGAUUGUCAAAUGGAGCUUCCCAGCUCCUCCAGUUUCCAGGAAUUGAUGGAGCUCUUGCAAUCCAAGAAUGAAAACGUACAAAUGCCUGAUAAUCUCCAAGGUGGCAUCCUAAUCGACCAGACAUACGAGGUUUCACCAAAGGAUCUAAAUAUGGUUAUAUUUGCUCCCGAUUCCGACUUCAAGACGAAUUUAGCUGACUUGCAAGGGAUGACUGAACUGCAAGAAAGCCCUUGGAAAUGGGAAUCGGAAGGUUUGAGAAGAGUUGUUACAUAUAUAAAAGCAGCAAGCAAGUUAGUUAAGGCCGUUAAAGCCACCGAGGAGCAAACGUAUGUUAAGGCAAACGGUAAUGAAUUUUCCGUUCUUGUUAACGUGAGCACACCAGAUGUCCCGUACGGAAACUCUUUUAAAGUUCAAUUGCUUUAUAAGAUAAUGCCAGGUGUUAUGUUAUCAUCCGAGAACCAGUUGGCUCGUCUUGUCGUGUCUUUUUCUGUCAACUUUAGUCAAAGCACGAUGAUGAAAGGGGUGAUCGAGAGUGGAGCCAAGCAGGGACUGAAAGAAAGUUUCGAUCAAUUCUCGGGCUUGUUGUCUCAAAGGUUCAAAGUUGUGAAAGCUAGUUCGGACAAAGAACAGGUGUUGGCGACUAUGGAGACCGAGCAAGAGUCCGAUUCGGAACUAGCCGUGCAUUAUUUCUGGAAUUUCACAGUGCUCUCGACUGUUUGUAUGUUGUUAUAUGUCGCUGUUCACAUAUUUCUAUGUAAAUAUAACAAGCUGCAAGGGUUGGAAUUUCAAGGACUUGAUUUACCCGACAGUUUUGGAGAAGUUGUCACAUGUGGCAUACUGGUUCUUCAGUUGGAACGCGUAUAUUUCAUGAUUUCACACUUUGUGGAGGCUCGAUUACGAAGAGGAAGUGAUCAUGGGGUCAAAGCACAAGGUGAUGGAUGGGUGCUUACUGUAGCUUUGAUUGAGGGGACAAAUUUAGCUUUGAUGAAUUCAACUGAAAUCCCGGAUCCUUAUGUUGUAUUUACUUGCAAUGGCAAGACAAGAACUAGCUCGGUCAAGCUCCAAACUCUUGAUCCUCAAUGGAAUGAGAUACUCGAGUUUGAUGCUGUUGAUGAGCCUCCUUCUGUAUUGGAUGUGGAGGUCUUUGACUUUGAUGGACCCUUUGACCAAGUAUCCUCAAUUGGGCAUGCGGAGAUCAAUUUUCUGAAGCACACGGCUUCAAAACUUGCCGAUCUGUGGGUCCCUCUGGAUGGUAAACUUGCUCAGUCCUCUCAGUCGAAAUUGCACUUGAGAAUUUUCCUGGACAAUAAUAAUGGAGUGGAAACAAUUAGAGAUUAUCUAGCGAAUUUGGAGAAGGAGGUUGGAAAGAAGUUGAACCUAAGAUCCCCUCACAGGAAUUCAGCCUUCCAAAAAUAUUUUGGAUUGCCUCCUGAAGAAUUUCUCAUAAGUGAUUUCUCAUGCUCGUUGAAAAGAAAGAUGCCAUUGCAGGGUCGCCUUUUCCUUUCUGCCCGAAUUGUUGGAUUCUACUCGAACUUAUUUGGACACAAAACUAGGUUUUAUUUCCUGUGGGAAGACAUUGAAGAUAUUCAGGUGCAUCCACCUUCCCUAUCAACAGUUGGAAGUCCAUCAGUCUUGAUAAUUUUGCACAAGGGUCGAGGACUCGAUGCCAGACAUGGAGCCAAGAUUUUAGAUGAACAUGGCCGGUUGCAUUUUCACUUCCAUUCUUUUGUUUCCUUCAAUGAUGCUAGCAGGACAAUUAUGGCCUUGUGGAGAACAAGAACAAUAGAAGCAGAUCAGAAGGCUGAAUUUGCAGACGAGCAGGUGGAUGAUGAUGAGAAGCCUUUUCUAAUUGAAGACACUGGAUCGUAUCUUGUUGUUGACGAUGCAAUGUUGACCAAUGUUUAUACAGUCGAGUUGCCUCUGAAUCUCAAAUCAUUGAUGAAGAUGUUUGAUGGAGGAGAGUUGGAACACAAAGUGAUGACCAAAUCUGGCUGUCUUAACUAUACGACAACUACUUGGGACAAUUUGACGUCUGACAUACAAGAAAGACACGUUUCUUACAAAUUUAACCGACGAAUCUCGAUCUUCGGAGGUGAUGUUACAUGCACGCAGCAAAAAUCACCUUUACCGAAUAACGGUGGAUGGGUUGUAAACGAGAUUAUGACCCUUCACAAUGUCCCGUUUGGCGAUCACUUCCGAGUUCAGUUCAGAUACCAAAUCGAAAAAUCGACAUUUGCGCACAAUUCAUGCAAGUUUGAUGUUCAUAUUGGGGUGAUGUGGCUGAGGAGUACCAAAUUUGAGUCCAGAAUUACGAAGAACAUUAUCGGGAAGUUUACGAAUCGGUUAGAAGAAAUACUGCAGCUGGUGGAAAGGGAGAUUCUGCUAACAAGCCAAUGAAGUAUAUAUGUCGUGACAUUUACAUUUAGCAAAUAGGGUUAAUUAUGUGUUUACUAAUCCUGAGAUAUAAUCAUAUAGCCUCAUUUGUCAAUGCUGAUAUCACUACAUAUAAAGGGAUGAUUAUAGCUGAGCUGAUGUAUACUUUUAAUGGUGUUACUAAUUAGUUUGGUAUGCUUACACAGAAGGCAAUAGUACUAUUGUUUGGAAGUACUAUGACAUAUUUUUGAGUAAAACUAAAAUAUAAUAAAGUACUGUAGAAACAUUAACCUAA